AUGGCUUCCAUUACAGCGGCUAACCCGGAAAUCGUGUGGGUUGAUUGUCGAGAUCAUGUGCCGCCCAGUGAUGUCUUUGACCCUACUGGCAUCGACCUCGAACGUCUACCGUCGACGCUCAAAUGUGGCCAAAUUGUUGUGCCCAUGGACUACUCGCGUCCCCUGGAUGCUGGCAACAACAUCACUCUAGGUCUCGCUAUGCACCGACCGCCCAAUCCAAAAGGAGUUAUCUUCUUCUCCCCCGGCGGCUCAGAUAAUGGCGUGGUACACGCAUGGAAUUUUGCACUUGGCACCAAUUCUCCGUUUACUCCCAAUUUCUCCGGCCUAGGAGAGUACGAUUUGAUGAUGAUGGACGUUCGUGGUACUUAUAGUUCCAAUCCCCUAGACGUUUCAUUAGACACAGUCAUCCCAUUGUUCGGGCCAUACCCAGCAUCACAAGAUGAGUUCGAUGAUAGAAAAGCGGUCUCUGCUGCUGCCAUACAGUCAUGGAUCGACUCUAGCUCACCUCCUGGGAUUAUCCAACAUAUUGGGACUAGGGAGGUUGUUCAGGAUUUUAACCAGAUUCGUGAGGCCCUUAGAUAUGAGCAAAUCCAUUACUUAGGCGGUUCUUAUGGAACCUAUCGAGGUUUGCAGUACGCAACUACUUACCCAGAUACCGUGGGUCGCGUUGUACUUGACGCAGUGGUCCCCCACGGGAUUAGCCGAAGCCAGCAAUCUAAAGCCGGGAUAAUUGCAGCCAAUCGGGCUCUGGUAAGAGCAGAUGCAUUUUGCCAGAAUAACUCGACAUGUCCCUUGAGGGAUCAAGGCAAAGGAAGUGUUCUCCAAACUUACCAAGAGGUCCUUGAAGCCGCAAGCAACUCAUCAGCAGGUACUCUAUGGGCAAUUCAGUCGACAAUAUCUGGGCUGCUCCAGGGUCUGCCAGACUUCCCUUUGAUCACUAAUAUAAUCUACCAAUUGUCGUUAGACAUCAAUUUCCUGGACACAUUGCCGCAAUCAUCUGUAACGGUCGAAGACGUUGUUGCCUAUAUUUUGCAGUGCGCAGACUUUCCAACUACCGCAACCUUCUCUGAAUUUCAGCAAUCGCUUGCCAAUGCUUUGGCUCACGACACUAACAACUUAGGUCGAACCUCGGGGCUCCUCAUAGAGCUCGCAUGCUCGGCUUGGCCUUUCGACAGGGCACCAUUACAGCGACUCCAUACAGAGAUCCCCAUCCUCCUCGUCACGUCUGACUUUGACGACUUAUCCGCGACCGAAUGGACGACCGAGGCGUUCGAGGACCUCCCCGACGCCCAUCUUCUGGUCCGGCACGGCGACGGCCAUGUCUCUUUCACCUGUCAGUGCUCAGAUCCGUCUGAUUCUCAUCCAAGCUCCGCCGCCAAUGUCAUUGAUACGGGGAUCCUGCCGCAGCAGUCGACGAAUGAGAGCGUGACUGUUUACACACCCGGCAUGGAGAGGGCCCCUGUCCCGGAUGCGUACUCCGUCCCGACAGGAUUCGUGGCCGGGGAUGUCAAUUCGGAAUAA